AUGAGUUCCUCAAAUCUCCCGGAUCCCCGCCAAGGAAGACCACAACCUCAAAUCCAAGCAUGUCGGUACAAGACUGGAAAGACGUUGGGCGCAGGAUCAUACUCAGUGGUCAAAGAAUGUGUACAUGUUGAUACAGGCAGAUAUUAUGCUGCCAAAGUCAUUAAUAAACGAUUGAUGGCAGGCAGAGAACAUAUGGUACGAAAUGAAAUUGCUGUGCUCAAACGGGUUUCCAUGGGACAUCAGAACAUCCUUACAUUAGUCGACUACUUCGAAACCCUUAAUAAUUUAUAUCUUGUUACCGAUUUGGCUCUUGGUGGAGAAUUGUUCGAUCGCAUCUGCCGAAAAGGAUCAUACUUUGAAUCUGAUGCCGCAGACCUCAUCAGAGCAACACUAUCCGCCGUAGCUUACCUCCACGAUCAUGGCAUUGUUCAUCGAGAUCUCAAACCCGAAAAUUUAUUGUUUCGGACACCAGAAGAUAAUGCGGAUUUACUGAUUGCGGAUUUUGGUCUGAGCAGAAUAAUGGACGAAGAGCAAUUCCACGUUUUGACCACCACAUGCGGAACACCAGGUUACAUGGCACCAGAAAUCUUCAAGAAGACCGGUCACGGAAAGCCGGUAGAUAUUUGGGCCAUCGGCGUCAUUACAUAUUUCUUAUUAUGCGGAUACACACCCUUUGACAGGGAUUCCAAUUUGGAGGAAAUGCAAGCCAUUCUUAUUGCUGAUUACAGCUUUACACCUAUAGAAUACUGGCGAGGUGUGAGUCGAGGUGCUCGAGAGUUCAUCAAGAAAUGUCUUACAAUAGAUCCUACACAAAGAAUGACCGCCCACGAAGCACUAUCUCACCCUUUCGUCACCGGAGAGUCAGUAUCAAAGGAUGGUAAAGGUAGCGACUUGCUUCCAGUGGUCAAGAAGAAUUUCAAUGCCAGAAGAACUCUCCACGCUGCUAUCGACACUGUACGCGCCAUCAACAAACUCCGCGAAGGUCAAGCUGGGAUGAUGGACGGUUCAAAAUCUACGGAUCCGGAACGUGGAGCCAAACCUUUCAAUGCAAAUAGCAAGGAUUCAGGAUUAGGUGGGAUGGGACCUGGGGAUGGAGAUAGUGCUAUGGAUAUUGAUUCCGGAUAUGGUACGGGCGGUGCGAAUAACGACGAGCGUGAAAAGUUUAUGAAGGGUCUCGAGAGAAGUUCAGGCCAAGGCCAAACGGAAGCACAAAUCGAGGCGCAAACUAGGAAAAUUGCAGAGACGACGAAGGGUUUAUGGUCUGCUGGAACGGCGAAAAUCUCAGGAAGGUCAUGA